GCAGUCACGCGGUUUACUCGCAGGCGACGAGCGGCGGGAUCGAUUGGGAGCAGGCAACCACAUUGAGCCAGGAUCGCGAAGUUGGAUUCCUCUAGCAACCCAGUUCAACAACACACCAAGUCCCUUUCUCCCCAGGACAUUUAUCGAUAUCAACAUGCCGGCGACUCACAGACUCUACGUUAAGGGCAAGCACAUCGCUCACCAGCGGGGCAAGCGCAACAGCCACCCCGGCACCUCGUUGAUUCAGAUUGAGGGCGUUGCUUCGGCCAAGGAGGCUCAGUUCUACUUUGGAAAGCGGGUUGCUUUCGUGUACAGAGCCAAGAAGGAGAUCAAGGGAUCCAAGAUCAGAGUUAUAUGGGGCAAGAUCACCCGGGCCCAUGGCAACAACGGCGCUGUGCGUGCCAACUUCAGAUCGAACCUGCCACCAAAGACCUUUGGCGCUAGCGUUAGAAUCAUGCUGUACCCGUCCAGCAUCUAAAUGGGAUAUUGAAUCAUGUCAUUUUCAUGUUGGUAAUUAAAGAAUAAAAAAGGAUGUAUAUGUCGAAAGAGAGGCGCUAUUGCUCUGUCAGAGUAGUAGAAGUGCAAAACAAAAUGGGUAAAGGUAGUUUAUUUCUAUAUUUUGUCUUUAGAAGGUGCUGCUAUCGACAAUAACAUCAUUGUAUUAUAUCAAUACAUAGUAGCAAGUGUAU